AAGGUUGCCAGGGAUUGGCAGAUGCAAGUGGACUUGGAUCAGAGGCUAAUUUUUCCCACAGAGAUCGUAACAACUACUCUGCGACCAGACCUCGUCCUUUGGUCUAACUCUCAAAAACAUGCGUACGUCAUUGAGCUGACGGUACCAUGGGAGGAAGCAACUGAGGAAGCAUUUGAGCGGAAGAAGCUGCGCUAUGCCAACUUGGCAGCUGAGGAAGAGGACAGAGGCUGGAAGAUCAAGAACAUUAUGAUCUUGGGUGACUUCAAUGCAGGCGGCUUGUUCGUUUCCAAACGUGCCAUGAAGAACAUUCGCAUUCGUAAAGACGAGAACUUUCACUGGCUGAUUAGAGAUGGCGUGGACACUACAACAAGCACCAACAACAUACACACCUAUGACAGGAUCGUGGUCUAUGGAGAUGACAUGCUUAAUGCCGUGGAACCAGAAACUGCAAAAGCCUUCAACUUCACGAAGGAGUUUAAUCUCAAUGGUGAGCAGGCUCUGAAAGUGAGUGACCAUUAUCCAGUGGAGGUUGAGUUGAAGUCCAUAGUUGAGACAGAUGAAACAAACGCCAAAAAGCCGAAAGGAAAAACCCCCGCCUAUGCAUUCUUUGUUGUGGACUUCUAUAAGGAGCACAAGAAGAAGCACCCAGGAGCCAAAGUAAUAUUAACAGAGGUUUCCAAAAUGUGCUCAGAUAAAUGGAAGUCCAUGUCACCUGAGGAGAAGGCAAAGUUCGAAGAGAUGGCCAAGAAUGACAAGCUCCGGUAUAACCAGGAGAUGAAGUCCUAUGUACCACCUGCAGGUGCCGAGAAGGGCAAGAAGAAGAAGAAGGACCCCAACGCGCCCAAAAAGCCACCUUCUGCUUUCUUGAUCUUCACCUCUGAACACCGUGAAAAGAUCAAGGAGGAUAACCCGGGGAUCUCCAUCACUGACAUCUCCAAGACGUGUGGUGAGAUGUGGAAAAAGAUGAGUACCACAGAAAAGGCCCCCUAUGAGGCCAAGUACGCCAAACUGAAGGAGAAAUAUGAGAUGGAAGUUGCUGCCUACAGAGCCAAAGGCGCCAAGAAGGCGGAACCAGCUGACAACGAUGAUGAGGAUGAAGACGAUGAGGAUGAAGAUGAUGAUGAUGAGGAUGAAAAUGAUGUUGACGGGGAUGAUGACUAAGUCGUUUCUGUGUUUGAGGAUGUGAAGUUUGUGAUGCGUUUGUUUAUGUUUGUUUUUGUUUUGGGUUGGACGAGUUCAGCAGUAUAACCUGCUGCCCCUGUCGGUUGACCUCAUUUGAGCUGUACUCUUUUUCUAAUUUAGGGUGUUAGAUUUAUAUUGUUUAUUGUCAUUUAUCCUUAGAAAUAUUUAACCAUAUAUGC